AUGGAUCAAUUUCCUUCUGGAUCGGCCCCUAUUGAGCUAGACAAGGAGUUCUGCGUGAAGAAUAUUCCGGCACAUUUCGUCGAUGUUGUCAUAAUGGAGAACAUGAAUGGCGCUGAUGAAGUUCGCAGUCAACUAAGAAACGGAAAGUAUCUGAGCGUAGAUAACGGGCUACAAUUGCUGGUUACUGGAGUGCGCCACGGAGAAAGUCAGCGAUCGCGUGAGGAGGCUAGAGGAGAGAACAACAGGCCUCCUUUGAAGGAGCUUCGUGGUGAUGGCAUGAUGGUAAAAGGACGCUGCGGAGACAGGCUUGCGCCCCAAAAAUCACAGCGCUCCUACACAGCAGUGAAGUGCUUUUCGCAGGACCUCCCUCUCCAGACUCCUACAAAAGUUGGACAGUAUGUGCUGUACUGUCGCGACACUAUUGCCUUCCGAGCUCUUUGCAACAGUGACACGACACUAUACCUGAUUGAU